CGAAUUACACCAUCAAAGAGACUUCCUCCGCAAUGGCUCCAUUUAUCGUCUAUAAAAGAGAAAUUUGUCACUUAUUUAUCAGGUUUGAGCUGUUCCCCUUAACUAUAGAAGAUAAUAAAUUUAUAGACAACGGUUGAGAAAGAAGGGCAUUCAGCCAUGGAGGGGAAAUGUGGAAAAUUAGGCCGUAAAGGUAGAACUUUUCGCUCUCAGUUUUCCCAGAUCAAAGGUGGAAGAGUAGAAGGACUUCUGAUACACUCUUCAGGUGUCAGUUCGCUCCAGGACGAAGACCAAAGUGUAGAAGAAGUGAUCACCUACUCACUGGGAAAACAGAAUCGUUGGCUUCUGCCGGAAGUAAUCAAGACUGGCUGUUUUAGUUCUGGAAACGAUGAAGAACUUGUGUUGGUCGAGCGCUAUGCAAACGCAAGCCACAGGAAACCUACUCGAGCAGACUGCAUCUCUGUGUUCAAUUCCAAAAAUGGCACGUUGCGCAAACCUAGACGAAAGUUAGCACACACUAAAGAUUUACUUCGAGACGACGAAAAGAUCAAGUCUCGGUUUGAGGUGACGUACCCGAAUCUCUCGGGAUCGUGGUCGAUACGUCCCAAGAAACCUUUUCGUCAUCAUGGAAAAAGGAAGAAAAAUAAUUAUAACUAUUCUUCCACCAGUGAUUGCUUACUUGAAGAUUAUGAUGACGAAGUGGUUGAAACCGACUUUGAUAGUGAAUUUGAGGAGGAUUUUGGAGAGCAAUUGGACAGAUCUUCAAGCCUUGGUCUGGACAUACUCAUGAGGAACUCUUCAUCAGUUCCACAAACACAUUAUGGCAAGGAAAUGUCUUCUCUGAACAAAAAUUGGAGAGACAAACAAAUUGAACCUGAGCAGACAAAGAGGCAUUUCCUUGUCAAUGAUGGUACAGAAAUGCACCAAAGGCAUUUAGAGUACUUGGAGGAAAUCAAGGCAGGAUCAUCCCUUUUAGAUUCCAGGGAAGAACAAAUACAGUCAAACGAGAACAUUCGAAAUCCUGAAGUGGGCAAGAAAAGGCGUCGUAGAGCAAGAAACCCAGCUCUCUCUUCAGUGGCAGGUAGCAAAGUAGCCAAUGAGUCUGUGCUGCAACUCAAAACUUGUUCUGAUCCAGUUGAAUGUCCAAAUCCAGACAUUGAUGAUGGCAUUGUUCUUAUGAUGAGAAAGCAUGAAAUUAUUCCAGAGACCCUUGCACAACAAUGGCAUCACAUGUAUAAGGAGGGUUCUAGUUACCCUAGAACUUUUUCUCUCAAUUUAACAUCGCUCAUACCCUUGUCCACUGGCGAUGAAGUCUUUGUUGCCUUCAGGGUACUUGGGGACCAUGGGAGGUGCCACUCAGGUGAAAUAAAAGCUGUUCUGAACAUGGCUGUUUACAGAGAUGGCAUGGAUGAUUAUAAUAAAACUGUCAGUGAUUUAAUUUCCCAGAUCAGUAUGAUGCAAUCUGAUCAGAAAAUUUGGACCAUACAAGAAAUCACAGACCUGGCUAUUAGUUUUCAUUUAGAGCUGGCAAAGAACAAAACUGUAAAGGUGCACUGCAAAGAGCCAAGGAAACCAAGGCUGUCACUGGAUGUUUUCCAAGAUCUGUGUGGAUGGACAUCAAAGGCUUUCUCUUCUCAUACAGCCAAAUAUCAAGUUAAGAAAUGCCUCUCAGAGGUCACAGGCCACCCAGAAAUGUCUACUGCAGCUAUUCCUUUGGAUAGCAAUUUUGUGAUGAUGGAAUUUUGUGGGAUCUGUUUCCAAGAGGUGAAAGAUAGAGAGCAUGAUGGCACCAUUCCAUUUCUCUUCUUGAAUGCCUGUGGCCAUAAGUUCUGUAACAGUUGCUGGAGAGCCCAUUUGAAGACCCAGAUUGAUCUAGGCCAGAUGAAACUGAGUUGCCCUGCACAUGAGUGUAGCAUAGAAGUUGAUGAUGUUACCUUAAUGUCCCUUGCACCAUCUCUGUUUGAACGGCACCUGGCAAAGAGGGUGAACACCAUGCUGGAGAUAAGCCCCAAGUGGAAAUGGUGCCCAGCUGACCAGUGCAAGUUGGUUGUGAAGGGAACAACACUUCAGGACUCCUCCAAGAUUCAUUAUGCAGAAUAUAGUGGUGGUGUCCAGCCUUUGCCAGUGGUAUGUGUCUGUGGUACCAUGUGGUGUUUCAAGUGCCAGGAAGAUGCUCAUUGGCCAGCUACCUGUGAGGAAGCUCAGGAGUUCAGGCAGAAAAAUGCAUCUUAUGCUCGAUUUGCAACAAGGAAGGAAAAGGAGUUGAUUACCAGUGUACAAGUGAAGCGCUGUCCUUCCUGCUAUUACCCUGUCGAAAAGGGUCUCGGUUGUAAUCACAUGACAUGCAUCUUAUGUCGCAAAGAAUUCUGCUGGUCUUGUUUGGGAGACUGGUCAGCAUCUAAUAUUAAUCACUCACAGUGUAGACUCAUUCAACUAACUAAAAUCCAGCUGAUCACAAAAUGCAUAAACAUUGUGUCUUAUCAGCAUAUUGCAGUUACAAGCCGGGUUGCCAGGGCUUCAAGUUUGAUAUGUCAAAUCCACAGAAAACUUGACAAGAUAGAGCAUGAUCUUAACAUUUAUACAAAAUGUUUUCCCUUGAGGCCAGAACUUAAAAAGAGAAGCCGUACAGAGCAGCGACUAAAGAUGCUCUGUGAGAAUAAUGCUUUCCAUCUUUUGAAAAAAGGUUUCAAUUUUAAAUUCCAAGCACAUUUAGCUCUAGAGGGGCUGGCAAUUAGGUUGUCAUUUUCAAAUGGUGCAGGUUGCAGCAAGAAACUUGCUUUGGAGUUUAGCAGGUUGCUUUUUAUUGUAGAGAGAAUGGAAAAUAUCCUACAAGACAUAAAUUGUUGUCUUGUUAGGAGAGAAAGUUUAUCAAAACUGGGACAUUUUAUUAAGUUUGGUAAGAAGUGUAUUCUUUCAAUUGGCAGGAGAGUGAAUGAGCAUCAGUGAAUUACGGUAACAUUUUUUGAAAUUAUUGACAGCAGAGGUUGCUCAAAAAAAUGGAAAUUAAUGUAGUGCAAGCAAAUGACUAACCCCAGUAUGUCAUAUUUUAAUUUAUGAGUCUAUAAGUUAGUUUGUUCUUUCCAAUUGUUGCCAUAACCAAUAAUAAUUUAUUAUCAUCUUCUGAAAUUAGACUUUAUUUUAUUUAUUAUUUUAUUGAAACUGAUAACGAUUUACUAGAAUUGGCGUUAAGUCCCUCAGGGGUAAUCAGUGUGGAGCUUUUCAAUGUAGUUCUAGAACACUUGUUAAUACGAGUGUUAAUUGUCACAAGAUGAAUUCAACCCUCAUAUUUCUCUCUUGGUUAUGCCUGUGAAAUGCGUGUUUUAUUAAUACCAUAUCCUCUUCUUGAUAUUUUCGUCAGUUCUCAUUACCUGUCAGCUAGAAAAGGUAUUAAGUGGUUGGGAGAUUUGUCAUACUGAUUAUUCCUGUAAGUUAAAUGGUUACAAUUUCUUAAUGUUUGUUGAUAUAUAGAUCACAGGUUUUUUAUAUAUAUAUAUAUAUUAAAGUGCGGAUCUGCUAAUUUU